UCAAAUCCCUCGCUCGUGGACCCUCUCGUUCUUGGUCGCUCCCGACGCUUUCUCGCCGGCCUAAUCGGUCGGGUUCCGCCUUCUUCCGGGCGUCUUCACUGCGAUGCGCGGUUUCUUGAAAUCUCUCCCUUACGUCUCGAGCAAAGCUCUUCCUCUUCCGGUCCCCGGCGGCGGCCGCCGCUCUCUUCUUCGCUCGAGGGUACCGAGCAAAUGCCUCCACUCCUCCCAUCACCCUGCAAAACCCGGUCGCGCCCGGCGCUCCCGCGGACCGCCGGCGGCGAAGGAGCCGGCCAGUGCGGACCCGGAGGCGUACAUGAGGGACAAGAUCGCCGGCGUCUACAGGAUCCUCAAGUAUUCCACCUGGGACUCCGCUCAGGAGCAGCUCCGGCGGCUGCCCAUGAGGUGGGACUCGUACACCGUCAACCGGGUCCUGAAGACCCACCCGCCCAUGGAGAAGGCGUGGCUCUUCUUCAACUGGGCCGCCAAGUUGAGGGGCUUCAAGCACGACCAGUACACUUACACGACGAUGCUCGACAUCUUCGGGGAGGCCGGGCGGGUCUCGUCGAUGGAGCACGUGUUCGAGCAGAUGGUGGGCAAGGGGAUCAAGGUCGACGCGGUCACGUACACGUCGCGGAUGCAUUGGCACUCGAGCGCCGGGGACGUCGAUAAGGCGAUCGAGAUUUGGGGGGAGAUGAAGGAGAAGGGGCGUUGUCCUACCGUCGUGUCGUACACUGCUCAUAUGAAGAUUUUGUUCGAUAAUGAUAGGGUGAAGGAGGCUACUGAUGUUUACAGGGAGAUGGUCGAAUGCGGUUGUUCUCCGACUUGUCACACUUACACUGUUUUGAUGGAGUAUCUUGUGGGUUGUGGAAAAUAUGAAGAAGCUCUCGAGAUAUUUAACAACAUGCAAGAAGCUGGUGUUUCACCCGAUAAAGCGAUGUGCAAUAUAUUGAUUGAGAAAUGUUGCAGAGCAGGGGAAGUAACCAUGAUAAUGAGAAUUCUUCUCUUCAUGAAAGAAAACUGUCUUGUUCUUCGUCGUCCUGUUUUUCAGGAAGCAAUGGAGUUCUUGAAUAGUGCUGGUGAGAGUGAUGAACUUCUACGGCAAGUCAAUCGCCAUUUCUUGGAUGAAUGUGUGAUAAAAGAAGAGACGGCUGAAUCCUUGGUAGAUGCUUCUGAUGUUUCUGUUUCUUCUGAAAAUGGGAUUCUGUUGCUUUUGUUGAAGAAGCAAAGUCUCAUUGCUGUUGAUAUUCUACUCGCUUUGAUGGAGGAUAAGAAUAUGCACUUGGAUGCGGCAAUUACCUCCACCAUAAUUGAAGAAAACUGUAGACGAUGUAGAGUAGAUGGUGUUCUGUUGGCAUUUGAAUACAGUAAGAAGCUGGGGAUUGGUAUUGAGAAAGGUGCAUAUCUUUCACUUGUAGGUUGCUUAAUUAGAUCGAAUGAAUUGGGGAGGAUGGCAUUAGUAGAUGCCAUUGAGGAAAUGAUAAGAGCUGGACAUUCUCCAGGUUCCUAUCUAGCUUCACUUCUAAUCUAUCGACUAGGCCGUGCUAGAAGACCUACAUAUGCUGUGAAGAUCUUCAAUCUAUUGCCACAGGAUCUUAAAACUGUUACCUCUUAUACUGCUCUGGUGGGUGUAUACUUCUGUGCUGGGGCUGCUGGUAAAGCACUUAAAGUGUACAAAAGCAUGAGGAAGAAAGGAAUCCGUCCAACAUCAGGAACUUAUGAUUUACUAUUAGCUGGUCUAAGAAAAAGUGGAAGAGAUUCGGAAGUGGAGCUCUUCAAGAAGGAAAGGAAGAGUUGGUCAAGUGACAGUUGUGCAGAAGGUAGUGUCUCCACAGAGGAAAAAAUAUGUGACCUUCUGUUUGCUUGUGAUGCUAUCUCUUGAAUCCUACUUGUAAGAUUUAUCUGCAGCUAGCUCUCUCACAGAGCAGAUACCAGCUUCCAAAGGACGAUGGGUCAAUGAUGGUAACAUGAUGGGUCCCAAAUGCUUUGGCUCGCCCAUGCCAGAAUGCUCCCUGUCUAAGUACUUGUUGACUGGUCAUGUGUACCCAACUUAGCUCCGAUCCAUGACCCUGAUCACACUCCAACUACUUGCAUAGACAACUGAAGAUUGUUGCAACAAGAAUCUCGGCCACCACCCUAUUCCCUUGUCUCCCGGGACUGUGGAGCUAUAUAACAAAGCAAUCUUCUGGUGCCGCCUCAUGCACACAAGAGAGAACCUUAGCAAGUAAUUGAGUACAUCAGAGUUAAGGGGAACAACGACUAAUAGAUGAUUGUGACCAGGCCUAUCUCAAUGCAAGGAAGUAUUGUGGAUGCUGUGUCGCUACCUGCAGAGGACCGAACUUGGUGAUUUAAGAAGUCCACAGUGCUGCUGCUGCGGAGAAUUGCUGUUUAGGGUGGUUUCUCAGUUUGUUAGCCAACUUACCCUCCCUCGGAACAAGAAGCUAACCAUCCAAUAUAUCACUGGUGACAGGAACAUGCAGCUUUACAGGGAUGAUGUCGUCUUGAUUCCGGUUCUGAAUCAGCCGUUUGUUACAUGCCAUUGAGCUGCGCAUAUGGGGCACGGCGUAUCAAAUCCCUGUGCAGGAAAAAAAAAGAAAAGUAUAUGUUAUUGCAUUGCAAUUGUUUCUAUUUAGCCAUUAAUUUGGUCAGUUCAUAUGAUCUGUACAUGAUAGGCACCUGCUUGUGUGGAAAGUAAUUUCCUCACUUUAACUUGCUUAAAGAUUAAAACUCGACAUCUUCAUUUUGUCUGUAAAUUAGGAUGCCUGAUUUUGGAUUAUCGUAUGGUUGUUUAGAAACUUAUGGCCUCUGUUCUGAAUAAUGAAUGCCUAGUCAACUUUAUCGGUACACAACAA